AUAAUAGAAUUGAAGCCUAUGAUUCUCUUGGUAAUUCAACAAAUAAAAUAAAAGAAUUUACAUUAUUAGAUGCUUUUAAACUUACUGAAAAAGCAUGGGAAAAUUUUACUGAAAAAACUAUCAAAAAUUCACCAACAUCUUCAAUUUUAACUACUAUUAUUAAUACUAAUAUUAGUACUAAUUCUGAUACUAUUAGUACUAAUAUUAGUACAAGAAAAAAUGAUUUUAAUUAUUAUGAAACUCAACCAACUACAGUUUUUCAUAAUCAUAUUGUUACUAAUAAUGAAGAAACAACAACUCUUCAAACAAGCAGUAUAACUAAUAUAGAUAAUCAAACUACUAUAACUCAAAAUAAUACAAUUACAAUUAAUCAACAUGGCACUGUUACUUCUAUUCAAGAUAGUAUUAUUAUGCAAAAUUUUAUGACUUUAUAUAACAAUGAAAUUCAAUCUGCUAAACAAGAAUUUUUAAAUGAAUACAAAAAUGAAUUAAAUAUGAUACAAGUUUCUAUUGAUCAAUUAAGCUUUACUAGUCUGAUGUUAGCUCAAG